UAGACACAAGCCUACACACUCUUUCCUGGGUCCCUCCCCCCCUCUUCUGCUCCUCUGUAAACGUCCUCAGAGGACUCCAGACGUUUUCAUUGGCCGUGGCGGAGACAGAGAAGGAGGAGAGACCGACGGACUGGCUCGAAUUCCUCCGCGCUCCUCACAUUUCUUCAAAUCACGGACCUCCUGCUCCCCUGCUUCCCUCCGUCCCAACAAACAUCCACCAGACCAGACGAGCUCCAGCUCCGGCUUCCUCCUCCUCCACCUCCACCUCUUCCUCCUCCUCCGAGAAGCUUUCCGAGCGGAGCUGCUGCUUUCUUUUUUUCUUCACAAAAUGAUGUCGCGAGGUAUCACCGUGCUGGUUCUGCUGGCCCUGGCUGUCUGUAACGCCGAGGAGCUCCAGAGCAAGAGCAAAGUGUGUGCCAACGUGUUCUGUGGGGCCGGCAGAGAGUGUGCAGUAAAUGAGAAGGGGGAGCCCAGCUGUCUGUGCAUAGAGAGCUGUAAGCCCCACAAGAGGUCUGUGUGCGGGAGCAACGGUAAGACGUACAGGAACCACUGUGAGCUCCACAGGGACGCUUGUCUGACCGGUCUGAAGAUCCAGGUGGCUCAUGAUGGACACUGCCAGGAGAAGAAAUCGGAGCAGGCAGCUGCUAGCCCAGUGGUUUGCUAUGCAGCUGAUCGCAAUGAGCUGAGGGGCCGUGUUAUCCAGUGGCUGCAGACUGAGGUUGUCCCAGACGGCUGGUUUGUCAAAGGAUCCAACUUCUCCGACAUCCUGCUCAAAUACUUCAAGUCAUACGACAAUGGUGAUUCUCAGCUGGACUCCUCAGAGCUGCUCAAAUUCAUCCAGCAAAAUGACUCCGUCGUCGAGCUGCAGUCGUAUGCAGACCAAGAGAGCAACAAACUGCUCAGGAGCCUGUGUGUUGAUGCCCUCAUCGAGCUCUCUGAUGAGAACGCAGACUGGAAGCUGAGCUUUGAUGAGUUCCUCAACUGCCUCAAGCCUGGCUUCAAUCCACCAGAGAAGAAAUGUGCCUUGGAGGAUGAGACAUACGAGGAUGGAGCAGAGACCCAGGUUGAGUGUAACCGCUGUGUUUGUGCUUGUGGCAACUGGGUCUGCACUGCGAUGACCUGCACUGACAAAACAGCAGCUUUGGAUGAGACAGCAGAUGCUGGGGCAGAGAUGACUGAGGAAGAGUGGAACCUCCGUGUGGCUGAGCUCAACAAGCACCAGGAAACAGUUGAGAAGAUGAAGGCCAGCACAAAGGAGGUCUAAACAAGGGGGCAAUGAAGGAGAGGAUGCACAUCAUCACCAGUUCUCCAUACUUGAUUUACCUUGCGGCCAUGUGUUGUUUUGAAACUGUCUUUUUAAUGUUUCUCUGCUAUGUUAAUUAUUACACUUUUUUUUUUUUUUUACAAUGUUUGUGUUUUUGUGUUGAUGUUUGUUAGAUUCAGGGGCAAUCAGAGUAUUAUAGGAUUCCCUCGUGUUCAGUACUGUCAUAUUUGAUUGUAUUUGAUUACUGCGCCCCUACACUAGCCUCGGGGCUAUUUUUACUACAAUCCUUAUAUUUUUACAGUAAUUAGGGGGGGGGAAAAGGCAUUUUGUCACUGCUUAGGAAUGAGAGAGUCAUAGUUCAAAGGAGGGUAGCGGGGUUAUGUGAGUGGAGAAUCCAUCUGACUAAAUGAGGGGGCUGUCAGAAUGCCGCUUUACACCGGGUGCAGCAAGUGUUUCCACGCUCUCAGUGGUUUAACAGGCAGCAGGUUGGUUAAAGAAGCUGGAGUUAGAGGGUGAAGGAGCUACUAGUCAUUUUGUUAUUUUUUAGAACUGCCACAGCAGGCCACUACUUGACUGAUGCACUUCUCUUUCUUUCUUUCCUUUUCUUAUGUUUAUCACAAGCCUGAUUUUUUUUGUUUUAAUCUUCCUGCUUAAGUAAUAAUUUUGCUGCCAAAAAAAAAAAGUUUGCUUCUAUGUACAGUAUGUUUUUGGCUCGAGUUGCAACUCAUCUUGUUCCCAUGUUAUGCUCAGGCCAGUCUCUGUGGUGCUUUUUAACAUUUCUCUCUCAUUGGCUGACAUUUCUCAGACAGAGACUUGGCGGUCCCAUCUUUCAGUGCAGAGCUGCACGGCUGCAGCCAGGUGAGACCUGAUCUGAAUAUAGCAUGGUGAAAACUGAAACCAAAGUCUUAAUGAAGUGUUUGAAUGUUGUACAAAACUCUCCAGGUAAAACAUUACUCUGGACCCAGCAACAACACUAUACCUGUGCUUUCAAAAUCACUCUAACAGAAGGAUUAGCCUCACUGUCAGCUAUAGUAGCUUAGACGCAUCAAUAAGUGGGGUGCGUAUAAAUUGUGUGUGUGUGUGCGUGUGUAUGUGUGUGUGCGCUAUUGAUGCUGAGAGUAGUUUGAUUUGUUAAAUGUGUUUAUUUGUUAAAAUCCUGUACCUAAAUUGGGAGGUUUGACAAUAAAAAUCAGUGCCUUAGACCUGCAAGCCGUAUAGGUCUCUACCUUCGCCUGCACGUAGGCUAUCAUGCCACGUGCCAGAGCAAGAAUGAGUGUGCUUUCUGCUGCUGUUUAGCAGUGAACUAGUGCUUUGUGACUCUAUCCCUGAUAAAUGUCUGUGUGAAAGUUGCAUUUCUAGGUUUAGGCUAAAUCUUUCUAUUCCACUAAACGUGCAGAGACUGUAAGGAAUACGUAUGUAUGCCAAUAAAACCCAUAAACCACAA